GGCUAAGGUCAGGGGCCCGCCACAUCCCAGUCCUAAAAAUAUCCUCCGCAUUUGAUGCCUGUCACAGAGGCUGUUACACAAUCUGCGCCCUGACUCCAGCCUGCCAGAGCUAAACAUGUUCUGCCUUCAAGGGUUGCUUCACAACAAUCUGGCAGAGGGAUUAAAAAAAAACAGAUUCUGAAGUCAGAAAAUGAAGAGCCUCAAUGUCUCGGUGUUGGAAACGCGUGCUUGAAAAACAAACAGAAUGUUUAGCUUUUUUUUUAUGACUACUGAGGGAGAAAGAGUCAUCCUCUUCAAGCAAGUAAGUCAUGUGUGAGAGGAAGUCACUGUGAGAAAAUGGCUUCUCACAAUUCAAAGACUGGAUCAAAGAUUAAUGUUAGAAAAGCGGAGGAAGAGUCCAGUCUGGAUUAUGUCACACCUGGGGGAUACGAGCUGGAGAAAAUCCUCAACCGUGGGAGUGUGGCUUACACUCACGUCAACGAGGUCUGGCCUGGAGUCUACAUUGGAGAUGAGGAGACUGCGAGGGACAGGUUCACCUUGAAGAGGCUGGGGGUCACACACAUCCUGAACGCAGCAGAGGGGACGUGGAACAACGUGGACACUGGACCUGGUUACUACAAAGACAUGGACAUUGUUUACUACGGCGURGUCGCAGAAGACGUCCCAACAUUUGACCUGAGCCAGCACUUCUUCUCUGCUGCCAAAUUCAUUCGGGACACGCUGAGCAACCCUGACAAUAAACUGCUGGUGCACUGCGUGAUGGGGAGAAGCAGGUCGGCCACCCUCUUCCUCGCCUACCUGAUGAUCAACGAGAACAUGACAGUGGUGGACGCCGUCGAGCACGUGAAGAAGCGCAGGCGGAUCAUCCCCAACUGGGGCUUCCUGAAGCAGCUGAGGGAGCUGGAUCAGCAGCUCCUGGAGGACAAGAAAAGCUCUUUGGAGGAGAGCUGACUGCACUCUUUGCAAACCAGGAACACUCCAUGACAAGUCUAAUUUCAGCUCAUUGAAUAAUUUCUGCUCGUAAGUCGUUUGAGACGUCUUUGAAGGGGAAAGACUCAAGAGAUAUGAGACACAUUCGGUUAAAUUCUGUCUCAAACCUACAAGUGCAAAUCUGAUUUAAGCAUAUUAAUCUUAUCCAGGCUGAGUUUUACUAAUUGAGUUUCCCAAGACCCGAAUAUUGACACGAGGAAUAUAUUUGGAUAGGUUAUUAACGUUUUUUUAAAGCACUGUGCAAAGUUAUGCAAAGCUUGUCUACAUCAUAAUCAGCCACUACUGAAGGCAGGAGAUUAUUAUUAUUAUUGACCUUUAUUUAACCAGGCUAAUCCCACUUUUUUGGCAACCCAGUACAACUCUUUGGUCUGUGGGAGAAAACCUUUGAAACACAAGAACAUGAAAACUCUGCACAGAAAGACCCCAUGUCUGGUCCAGGGACAGAACUCAGGGCCUUCUUAUCUCACAAAGCACUAAGUGGAUUUUAAYGCAACUCUCAAAAAGUAAUCGAUUGUACAUCUAGAGUUCAUUCAAUUUAAGGGAUCAACCCCAUUCAAAAAGGCCACCACAGGUAAGAGACCUCAGGGAACUCAAAAAUGGCUACAGUCCCAAUGAUUUUACAGAUGUUUUGAUGAGUCUUCUUCAAUAAAUGAUCUAGAGGCCAUCACAUUUUGUGAGGACUGCUCAAUUCUUUUCAACGUUUCAAAUCAAACAAGAGCGGUCACGUGAGUACAUGGUCAAUCAUAAUUUAUUCUUAUGCUAAAAUGUACAGCAUUUUAAGUGACUGACAAAAGGAGUAAAGUCAUAAAUACAAGAAUGUCAUUCUGUUCGACUUGAGUGCACAUAGCCAGAUAUUUCCCUCGUUCUUACCAGCAGCUCUGUACAGGUACAAAGGCUACAAAAGAGCAUUAUAAACAAAAAACAAAAAAA